AUGGCUAAUCAUCAACCUAUACCGUCUGUUGUUCAACGUUUCAACCAAUUAAUUCAAAUAUAUGCUCAGGAUAAAGUAGUUCUUAUUGCAAGAUUCGAUCAAGCUAUACUCAAGUGGUCUAAUGGCGAUACCGUAAAAUAUAGAAUGAAUGAAAAGGUAAACAACUUAUCGAAUACCACGUCGAUAACGAUUUUCCCCAAGCGUAAGAUAGAUAGAACAUGUCUUAUGAGUGUAAAUCACCUACCAAUAGGUGAAUAUUAUAAUGGUCAGGAAGAAAUUCACUCCUUGGUCGAUUUAAUAAAUACAAAAUGCCAGGUUUUCCGAAGUCCGAAUGGUAAUCUUAACUCUAUCGGAAUGAAAAGAAAAUGGCUAUUAGAAAAUCUUUAUUCUCCCAAUCAUCAUAACGCUACCUUUUCUGAUCAAAUCAUACAAUCACAUCAUCCAUUGCACAGUCAGACAGCUAAUAAGACAAAAACUUCCUAUCGAAAAUGUAAAGUAAUCGACAAUACAACAACAGCGUCAGAAUUUAUACAUUCUUUCUUACUUAAAUCUCAGCCAGUGAUUAUAAAGGGUGCAAUUAAACAUUGGCCAGCCAUAACUAAGUGGAGUAAUGACUAUUUUAAAAGUAAAAUCGGUAACAAAAGAAUUCAUAUCAAGCUAACAGAAAAGGGAGAAUUUGAAGGUUGCGAAUCGGUUGCCAAUUGGAAAAGUAAACGAGCAAAUUUCAAGAUACCAGAAGCAGUCCGUCAGCAAUUACAAUUUGAUGAUCUAGUUGUAGUUCGCCCAGCUACAGCUGAACUUCCUUUUCCUGAAUUUUUAAAAUUUGUCACUGGUGAAAAUAGUACACAUCAAUUUUCAGCUUAUCUUGAAUAUACCUCGAUCAAAGACUAUAUGCCACAGCUUGUGCAAGAUGUACAAGAAAUAUCCUUUGUUAAAGAUUUCCUUCAACUAAAACACCUCAAUAUUUGGCUAAGUGAUGGUCACACUCUAGGAAAAUUGCACUUUGAUCCGUACGAUAAUUUCCUGUGUCAGCUGAGUGGAAAGAAACGUCUAACACUUUUCGAUCCACACGAUAAUACACGACUAUACGAAGGACAUAUUCCUGAAGCUAUGUUAGAAUAUGAUUGGGAUAAAAAAAAAUUUUAUCGUCAAAACUUAUUAGAAUCAACUUCAAUGGUAAUGUCUCCCGUCGAUAUUCUAAAGCCAAAUCUUCAAAGGUUCCCUAAAUUUACUAAAGCAGUUCCCUAUGUCUGUGAGAUUUCGCCCGGCGAUGCACUAUUUAUGCCUGCAUUCUGGUGGCAUGAAGUUCAAUCUUUUCCAGAUAAAAAGGAAAAAAGAAAUUUAGCUGUUAAUUUUUGGUAUGAACCAUUCUUUACAAGAGAGUUUCCAUGUCCAACAUCUAAAGCUUAUUUCAAAGAUUUAAUCUAA